AUGAGGGGGCUCUGGGCCCUUGUGCUUGGGGGGGUCAUCAGCGCCUGCCAGGGGAAGGAGCUGCCACAGGCAGAAGGGGAGCUGUGCCCGCAGCUCUGGGACGAGGACCUGGUCGGGGACAAGUAUGAGAACAUAACGGGUUUUAACCUGAUCAAGCGGUUCGACCUGCUGAAGAUCUCCUCCAUCAAGAAAGUGCGCGGCCUGCGGGGCCCGGCGGUGCUGCGGCUGGGCGCGGUGCCACUGGUGCAGCCCACGCGGCAGGUGUUCCCCCGUGGGCUGCCCCCCGAGUUCACCCUCGUCCUCACCUUGCUGCUGAAGAAGAACAGCACCGGGGAGCACUGGUACCUCUUCCAGGUCACCGACCGACAGGGCUACCCCCAGCUCUCCCUGUCCGUGCACGGCCCCGAGAAGAGCCUGGAGUUUCAGGCCAGGGCUCCGGGGACCACGUUCGUCAGCACCGUCUUCGCGGGGAAGGCCGUCUCGUCGCUGUUUGACGGGCGCUGGCACAAGGUGGUGGUGGCCGUGCAGAGCCGCGCCGUCUCCCUGCACCUCGACUGCGGCUCCAUCUCCUCCAAGCCCCUGGCGCCGCGGCGGGCGCUGGCCGCAGAGGGCAACGCCUUCCUGGGCUUGGAUGCCGCACGCGGGACCCCGAUCCGGUUCGACCUCCAGCAAGCUCACAUCUACUGCGACGCCGAGCUGGCCCGGCAGGAGGGGUGCUGCGAGAUCUCGGCCAGCGGGUGCCAGCCCGAAGCUCCCAAGACGCGGCGGCAGGCGGAGCUGAUGCAGAGCAGCAACCUGAUCGAGCUCUCGCCGCAGCAGCCCCAGGGCCGGGUGUAUACGCGCUGCUUCUGCCUGGAGGAGCCGCUGGGCUCGGAGCCAGCGAGGGCCUCGGAAAGGAGCGGCCUGAAGGGAGAUCACGGGGAGAAGGGCCCGCCGGGGACACGCAGCGAAGAGUGCCCCCCCUGCUCGCCGCGGACAUCUCCAGCCAACGUGACGCUCGGUCCCCCAGGACCCAAGGGAGGGAAGGGCGAGCGCGGCCAGCCUGGAUCUUACGGCAGCAAGGGGGAGAAAGGCGACCGUGGUGCUGACUGCGUGCGCACAGACCCUGGUGGCCCCGUGCAGUGUGCUGAGGGGCCGCAGGGCGAGAAGGGGCAGCGGGGCGAGGUGGGGCUGCCAGGGGCGGCGGGUGCCGACGGGCAGAAGGGCCAGAAGGGUGAGAAGGGCGACGGGGGACUCCAGGGCAAGCCGGGCCGCCCGGGCCGUGAUGGCCGGCCCGGAGAGAUCUGCGUGGUGGGCCCCAAGGGCCAGAAGGGCGACCCCGGCCUCGUGGGACCCGAGGGGCUGGCUGGCGAGCCGGGGCCGCCGGGCAAGCCGGGCUCGCCGGGGAUCGGCUUUCCAGGGAAGCCGGGCGACCCCGGUGGCCCCCCAGGUCCAAAAGGAGAAAAGGGCAGCUCGGGAGCUCCUGGACCCGGCGGACCGCCUGGGACGCCCGGGCUACCCGGAGGCCUGGGGCCAAAAGGAGACAAGGGCGAGCCAUGCGAGCCGUGCCCCACCGUCCCCGCGGGGAUGCUCAGCACCACCGGGCUCCCCGGCCAGCCGGGACCCAGGGGGGAGCCUGGGCAGCCUGGGAAGGACGGCGUCUCGGACAGGCCCGGCCCCGCAGGACCCAAAGGGGACAGGGGAGACCCUGGCAUCCAAGGCAUGAAAGGGGAGAAGGGGGACUCCUGCCUGUCCUGCGACGCCCGCGUCCUCGCCGCGCUGCUGCGGGAGCCCCCCAAGGGGCACGAGGGCGAGCCGGCGCCGCUGCUGGGCAAGCCUGGUGACGCCGGCCAGAAAGGGCAGAAGGGGGCCGCGGGCAGCCCCGGGGACCCGGGGGCACCGGGCAUGGACGGCCUCCCGGGGCUGGCGGGUGAGCCGGGCAUCAGGGGGCCGGCCGGCCCCAAAGGCGAGAAGGGAGACUCCUGCGAGCCGUGCCCCGCGCUCCAGGGGCAGCUCUCGGACGUGGUGGGCAUCCCGGGAAAACCCGGGGCCAAAGGGGACCCCGGCACCCCGGGCACCGGCCAGCCUGGCAGACCCGGCAAGCCGGGGCUGCCGGGGAUCCGAGGUCCCGCCGGGCCCAAGGGGCUGCAGGGCGAGCCGGGACCACAGGGGAUCGGCCAGCCGGGACCCCAGGGAGAGCCCGGCAGCACCGGACCACCCGGGACCCCCGGACCCCCCGGAGCCCAGGGCCCCCCAGGAAUGGCAGCAGAGAAAGGAGCCAAGGGAUCUCCGGGUCCCAAAGGUGCCGUGGGCCCCCCCGGGCCACCAGGACCCAGCGUCACCGGGCCACCGGGAGAGAAGGGCGCCCAGGGCGAGAAGGGGGACCCCGGGGAAUGCGCCUGCCCCCCGAGCCUGCGCCAGGACCCCAGCCACGCCGGGAUGCCGGGAGCCCCCGGGCUCUGGACCGGGAUGUCCUGGCAGCCGCAGCCGGGUCCCCAGGGUCCCCCCGGAGCCCCCGGCCCCCCCGGCCCUCCCGGUGCCCCCGGCCGCCAGGGGGUCCCAGGACACAACGGCUUGCCGGGGCUGCCCGGGCCGGCUGGAGACCUGGGGCCGUUGGCUGUCAUGGCCGAGAGGAACAUCGAGGUGCUGAAGAACCUCUGCGGGGACUGCGCCCAGCUGCAGGCGGCCUUGGAAGCGCCCGGCGGUGUCAAGGGGGAGAAGGGGGACCGGGGCAUGCCGGGCGCCCCCGGCAGCGAGGGCUGUGCUCGCUGCUUUGCCCAGUUCCCGAGAGCUGAGGAGGCUCGGGGCGACAGCCCCGAUUUGGACUGUGCGGGCGACCCCGGGCUCCCCGGUGCCCCGGGCAUCCCCGGCGAGAGAGGCGAGCAGGGCCCACCGGGACUGCGGGGACCCCCAGGGCCACCGGGGCCCAUCGGUCUCCAGGGGGAACGCGGCCCAGCCGGGCUGGCCGGAGCCAAAGGGGAGCCGGGACCUCCAGGACAGCCCGGCUACCCCGGUGCCACGGGCCCCCCCGGCCUUCCUGGCAUCAAAGGUGAGCGAGGCUACGUGGGCCCCCCCGGGGAGAAGGGGGAACCGGGCCCCCCCGGCUUGGACGGCCUCCCCGGUGCCGUGGGGCCAGCGGGACCGAGGGGCGAGCGGGGGCUCCCGGGCAGCUCUGGUGAGAAGGGCGACCAGGGUUUCCAGGGCCAGCCCGGCUUCCCGGGGCCGCCUGGCCCCCCUGGCUUCCCGGGGAAAGUUGGCCCAGCCGGGCCCCCGGGACCUGCAGCCGAGAAGGGCAGCGAGGGCAUGCGUGGGCCCACGGGCAUGCCAGGACCCCCCGGCCCCCCUGGCCCCCCGGGCAUCCAGGGCCCCGCUGGUUUGGAGGGACUGGACGGCAAGGACGGCAAGCCGGGGCUGCGGGGUGACCCCGGUCCCCCCGGGCCACCAGGGAUGAUGGGUCCCCCGGGCUUCAAGGGCAAGCCGGGGCACCCGGGGCUCCCAGGACCCAAGGGUGACUGCGGCAAACCCGGCCCCCCGGGGAGCACGGGACGGCCCGGGGCUGAGGGCGACCCCGGCCCCAUGGGACCCCAAGGCCGGCAGGGACCCCCGGGGCUCAUCGGACCCCCUGGCAGCCCGGGGCAGCCGGGCCCCGCUGGCCUCGCCGGAGUGGGGCUGAAGGGCGAGCGCGGCUCGGCGGGGGACCGAGGUCUGCCGGGGAUGCCGGGACAGCCGGGACCACCGGGACACCCCGGCCCACCGGGGGAGCCGGGGCCGGAUGGACCCAGCGGUAAAGAGGGCCCCCCAGGAAAGCCCGGCACCGCGGGACCCGCCGGCCAGAAGGGCGAAGCUGGAUCCCCCGGCGAGCGAGGGUACCCCGGGGAGAAGGGCAGAGCCGGCGCCCCCGGGGGGCCGGGGAAGAGCGGCUCCAUGGGUCCCGUGGGGCUGCGAGGCCCCGCCGGCGAGAGGGGCCCCCCCGGCUCUCCGGGACCUGCGGGCAGCCCCGGGCUGCCGGGCCCCCCGGGGAUGAUGGGGGACGUGGUGAAUUACGACGAGAUCAAGAGGUUCAUCCAGCAGGAGAUGAGCAAGAUGUUUGACGAGCGCAUGGCGUACUACACCUCUCGGAUGCACUUCCCGGUGGAGAUGGUGGCGGCCCCGGGCAGACCGGGUCCCCCGGGCAAGGACGGGCUGCCCGGCCGGCCGGGACCCCCCGGCUCCCCGGGGAUGCCGGGGCAGAUCGGCAGAGAGGGGCGGCAGGGAGUGCCGGGCAUGCGGGGGGAGCCAGGCGCCAAAGGAGAGAAAGGGGAGAAAGGCGUGGGGAUGAUGGGGGACAGCGGCCCGCCAGGACCCCCAGGUCCCCAGGGACCACCAGGCUAUGGGAAGAUGGGCCCGCCGGGCCCCGUGGGCCAGCAAGGCAUCCCCGGUAUCCCCGGCCCGCCGGGCGCCACGGGACCACCGGGCAAAACCGGGCACUGCAGCCCGGCCGAGUGCCUGGGCGCCCUGCCCGUGGAGCAGCCGCUCUUCCAGCCCAAGAACGCCAAGGGCCCCUUCGGCUGA